UUACGAGCAUCAUACAAUUUGUUGUCAGUCGCUUCUGUAGGUUGGAAUUGGAAAUAAUGUGGUAUGAAAUAUUGCCCAGUGCUGGGAUAGUUUUUGCGUGUUUGUACGCACCACACGUCAUCAACUAUGGGUUGAACAGAAUAUUUAGAAAUGGCAAGACCGUUUGUCGGGACUGGGAAGCUGCUCAUAACAUGGACUGGCCAGUGUACCUGAGAGACAAGAGAAUAACAGGCAGCGAGUACAAGCCCAGGGGCCUGGAAUCCAUACCAGACAAAGUAGCAAAGUAGAACUGUUUUUGUUUGGACUACUAUAGUGUUUAUACUGUAUAUAUUUAACAUGAGACUGUCGAGACGAGUUGUAUAACAGCUGAACCGGCCGGUUUAUUUCCACCUGUUGGCCACUGAGUGUCCCGUGUGAUAGAUCUUCACAACAUCAAGUGUUUUCUAGUAAAUUGAUAUCCCAGUC